UACCUCCAUGUCUCCGUCAGAUUGUCAGAAGAGACCACCAUCACGGGAACCUGCGCAGUUGACACGGUAACACACAUCAUCACAGGAUGGCGGCACAAAUCCGGAUGACAGGAGCCAGGCGGCCCUGGUUGCAUGUGAGCCAAUCAGCUGGCACAAUCAUGAUUUCCCCUUCUGCUGCCCGAUUACGUCGUAUGGGCUGCAACUUGGCCACGGCUGGUGACAUCGUGUGUCGCUGGCGCAGUCAGCUGCCGCACACGACAAGGCACAUUGCCAGGGAACAGCCAGGAGACAGCCAGCAACGACUGCCAAGCGGCCAGGCCAAGUAAAGCUCAACCAAUGCCGCCCUGUCCUGCUUGGCACCAUGCAUCAUCGACAGGUAGGCACUUGGACACUCACUUGGGUUGGGUGAGAUAUAUAGGUAGGUAUCUUUCCCUUCUUUUCCCGUGUGUGUGUGUGUGUGUCGCCCCUUCCAACUUUAUCUGCCUGCUCUCUCCUCGCCCUCAUUUGUUUGGAAUAGCACCAGCAUCCCUCCCAUAUCAUCCAUCGUUCUGUCCUCAUGUCACACCUACGGCGAACUCCCGCUGGCACUUCACGGGGCCAGUCUAUUGGCUUUGAGAAGCGGACGCGGAGCGAAUGUGGUUUUGAUGAUGUUGAGUCGUCGCUGGCCCCAUUUGGCGUUUCGGCGUCCCAAACACACCAGGGCAAUCUCACCAAAAUCCUCUCUUACCUUGGCUCUCGAAACCCGUUCCCUGCCCAGAUAGGCAAGGGCGAUAUUGUGUGGCUGCUGGACAAUGUUGCCUUUCGAGCCCAGAAUGGGAACUGGCAUGCCGAGUUUGUCGCCGCUGCUUUUGACCACCAGGCCUCGCCCAAGUUGGUCGAUCUCGUGGGCGACAUCGCGUCCAGGGUUGGCUUGUCCAAAGGAGACAAGGAGGAAGCCACCAUCGAGAAACGUAUUGCCCCCUUCGUCAUGGAGGUUUUGCCCGGGAGACAAGUAAACCUCAAGUUCGACAACGCCACCGAUAUUAGUCUAGGGCCAGGCGGGAGGAAUGGCAUCAGCAGCGACGUUAGGAAGGUCACAAAUGGCCAAGAGGGGGCUGUCACCGUGUCCAAGGCUGUCGUCCCUCAGGGUGUCACCGGAAUGCUUGAAAUGAAGACUGUUUACGCGGAACCUGAGGGAUGGGGCGUCAUCUCAGAUGUCGAUGACACCAUCAAGGUCACCCAGACGAGCAGCCCAGUGGGCAUUCUACGCUCGACAUUUGUUUCCCAACCCACACCAAUUCAAGGCAUGCCCGAGCUUUAUGCCUACAUCCAGACCAUGGUGACAAGCUCAGCACCGUGGUUCUACCUUUCCGCUUCUCCCUACAACCUGUAUCCCUUCCUUCGAAAGUUCAGGGAUGAUUACUUUCCGCACGGACAACUUAUCCUGAGGGAUUCCAAUCUUAUGACCAUCUCGGGGCUGCUGUCCAAUCUUACCCUUGGUACUGAGAAAUACAAGGUUGACCGAAUUGAAAAAAUCCAUAGGUGGCUCCCACGAAGGAAGAUGAUUCUCAUCGGAGACUCGACGCAAAGCGACCCAGAGGCCUAUGGAGACGCAUGUUGGAUAAAACUGAUCCUUAUUCGCAAGGUUGAAGAUAUUGCGGCUGUCGGGAUUCACGAGAAGAAUGAGCCACAGAGGUUUGAAAAAGCCUUUGAGGACCUUCCCAGAGAGCUAUGGCAUGUGUUUGAGGAUCCUGCCGAGUGCCAGGAGUUGAUACAUAAGACGGUAACUGCUGGAUUGUGA